AUGGGAACACCAGAGACGUCUCGGGAACCGUGCCCCGAUCGCAUCCUCGACGAUAUUGGCGGCGCGUUCGGCAUGGGAGCGGUGGGUGGCUCCGCCUUCCAUUUCCUCAAGGGUCUAUACAACUCCCCCAAAGGCGAUCGCUUCGUUGGAGCCACCCAGGCUGUUCGCCUUAACGCCCCCCGCGUCGGCGGCAGCUUCGCAGUCUGGGGCGGCCUCUUCUCCGCCUUCGACUGCACCAUGGUCUACGCGCGUCAGAAGGAGGACCCCUGGAACUCCAUCGUCGCUGGCGCCGCCACCGGCGGCUUCCUCUCCAUGCGCCAGGGCUUCGGCGCCUCCGCCCGCUCCGCUGCCUUCGGCGGCAUCCUCCUCGCGCUCAUCGAGGGCGCCGGGAUCAUGCUCAAUAAGUUCCUCAGCACGCAGCAGCCUAUGCCCAUCAUGAUGGACGAGCCACCGCCGCCGCCACUGCCGGAGGCGGGAUCGCCGGGCUGGCUCGGUGGGUGGUUCGGUGGAGGGAAGAAAGAGGAAACUUCCACCGGUGCCGAAAGUGAAACGAAGAUUCUUGAGAGUUUUGAUGCACCCCCUGUGCCCAAUUUUGAGUAUAAGUAA